GGCUAGUCCGGUGGGGUGUGGUGUUUCCUUGGUAGACGAUUCUGCCUAAAGAAAUUAAAUAUAUUAUUAAUUUUGUAUCUUAGUAACGCAUUAGGUUUUAUAAGUGUUUUUCAAUCAGUGGUGGCCUUUAAUUGGUGAAAUGAAAGUGUGCUAAAGAUAUUUUUUUGGAGUGCUGGAAUGGUGAAUUGAUUUUUUCCCCCGAAGUUGAAGUGACGGAGGCACACCCCUAAAGUUGUCAACUAGGAGGACAGUAGCCGUUUAACCAUGGCAGUCCGGAUGGAAAACUCAGCGCCGAGGAAAUUAAAUUACAAAAUGAUGGGGACCAACGGGCCUCGACCGAACUACGGCGGGGCCAGUAACGGCAAGGCUGGGGGCCGCGGGACGGUGGCCAGCCUCCAGCAGCCGCAGCAACAGCAGCCGCAGCCGGCGCUGGGGGGCGGCUACCGCGGCGCGGGCGGCGGGGGCGGCAGCUGGCCCGGCGGCAGCCAGUACCCCGCGCUGCGGUACCCUGCGCCGCAAGCGGCCGGCCAACCCGGGGGCGGCGGCGGAGGCGGCAGCGGGCCGGCGGCGGGUCCGCAGCCGCAGCAGCCGCAGCCCCAGCAACAGCCCCAGCCGCAGCAGCCCAACGCCGCCGCCUACAACUCCUACCCUCAGCCAGCGCAAUAUGGCACGCAGCGUGUACCGACUGCUGCGUCACCUUCGAACACAAACAGCAGCUCCAGCUCCAAUACCGGGUCUCAGAGUGGAACCCUUAGCACUAGCCUCAGCAACAAUGUUAGUUCCAAUGUCGGUGGCAGUGGGAGUGCCAGCAGCAACAGUGGUGAACAGUUAUCGAAAACCAACCUGUACAUCAGAGGACUUUCUCAGAAUACGACUGAUAAGGACCUUGUCAACAUGUGUUCACAGUAUGGCACCAUUAUUUCAACGAAGGCAAUAUUAGACAAGAAUACUAAUAAAUGCAAAGGUUAUGGGUUUGUGGAUUUUGAAUCACCUGCAUCAGCAGAGGCUGCUGUGAAAGCACUCCAGGCAAAGGGCAUCCAAGCGCAGAUGGCGAAAGUGGGUAUUUCGUUGCUGCGUAGACCGCCCAGUCAACAAGAACAAGAUCCAACUAAUUUAUAUAUUGCCAAUCUACCAGCAACUUUUAAGGAAAAUGAUGUUGACAACAUGCUGGCAAAGUAUGGGCAAGUUAUCUCUACAAGAAUCCUCAGGGACACAACUGGUCAAAGUAAAGGUGUCGGGUUUGCAAGAAUGGAGUCAAAAGAGAAAUGUGAGCAAAUAAUACAGAUGUUCAAUGGCAACCAGCUGGCUGGGUGCAAGGAACCACUUCUUGUAAAAUUUGCUGAUGGUGGAAGCAAAAAAAGGGUUCUGUACAAGGCCACAGAUCAGCGAAUGUGGCGGGAUACUGGAGAGGCUGGUGCCUGGUUGCAUUGUGGCAGCUUAGUACCUCCCGGUGCCCCUGUCAGCUAUGAUCCAUCAGCAGGGCAAAAUGGUGUCGGAACACCACAUAUUCUGCCUGCACUUGGACAGUAUGGGCGACAUUAUAGUCCAGGGACUGUACAGGGUUACCAGCUACCGCCCACAUCCUGGGUUCCUCAGUAUGUGAUGCAGCCACACUUGCCACAAGUUGAGGAACAGUUUGCUUGUCAGCUGGCACCCACCACACACAUACAUAGCUACAAAAAUGACACACAACAUUCAAGAGGCAUCUCUGUGAUGAUGCCAUCAGCUGAUCCAAGCUCUGUUCAGUAUGGUUCUAUGAUUCCACCUCUCACUACUCAUAUGUCUGCCUUACAGAUUGGUACCCCUAGCUCUUAUAUAGCAAGCCCUCAUCCAUAUCCAUUCUAUCCUGGGCCAGGAGCAUCUAUCAUACAUGCUGUGCCAAUACCUGACUCUGAGCAAACAUCUAAUGCUGCUUCACCGGAUGAUACCUAUCAGCCCUACCAGACCAGUCAGCAACCAAAAUAAGUACUGAUUUGAUGUUAGUUGAUGCAUUUCAUACAAUUUAGGUGAAAGGA